UGUAAUUUUGAGCAUGUUGACUCGCUACGAAAAUGACUUUAAUUUUAUGUUUAACUAAUUAUCGUGAUGUGAACCGUAGUUAUUGUUAUUAAUAAGAAAGUAUAGUAAAAAAAUGGACAUGGCGGAAGUGAAAGCGUUCAACGCGGAGUUAUCCGGGUUGUACGACAACAAGCCGCCUAUAUCGAAGGCGAAGAUGAGUGCUAUCACUAAAGGUGCUAUAAAGGCCAUAAAGUUUUAUAAACACGUCGUGCACAGUGUUGAAAAGUUUAUACAGAAAUGCAAACCUGAGUACAAAGUUCCUGGCUUAUAUGUGAUCGAUUCAAUAGUGCGACAAUCUAGACAUCAGUUUGGACAAGAUAAAGACGUCUUUGCUCCAAGGUUCGCGAAGAACAUGCAGCAGACGUUUGCCAAUUUGUUUCGAUGCCCUGCUGAAGAUAAGCGUAACAUAAUCCGAGUUCUCAAUCUAUGGCAGAAGAAUAAUGUGUUUAGUCCUCAAGUUAUUCAACCAUUACUAGACAUGGCUGACCCCAACCAUCCACUUCAUCAAGAAAUUCAACAGAAUAAUAAUGCUAAUGGCAGCAGUUUAAACUUAAGUCACAAUACAUCUGACAAACUAUCACCAAUACCUGCUCAACACACACCAAGAUCUGCAUCUCCUAUGGGUGAUCAGUUCCAGGAUGAGCCAUCUGGGCAGCCCGGUGUGAAAUUCAAUAGGAAAUUGCUCAAUGACUUUGAGUAUGAAAGUGAAGAUGAACCUCCAUCUGAUCCUCCUCCUCAGUCAACUCAGUCGUCUCAUUCCACACACUCAGGUCAUACUGGACAUUCUCAAUACAAUACUAACAGUGCUCCUUCAAAUCAGAAUCAAACUCAGAAUCCUGCUGAUGCUCUUGGGAGUAUACUUACAAAUCCAGAGAUUAUGAGACAACUACAGAGCCUGCAAGCCCAGAUGCAGAUGAUGACCGGAAUGCAAAUACCUAAUUUUAUGCCCAUGAUGUCUGAAAUGCAAAUGCAACAAAAUCAAGGACAAAAUUUAUUUAUGAAUUCUCAACUGGAGCAACAGAAACAAACAGAGACAAAAGAUGAUGUCGCCAAUGAAUCGGACAUAGAGUUUGUCGACACUGGACCGCAGGUGAUUGAGAUAACCGAUGCUAAUGACUCCAGGAGCCCGUCCCCGCGCGGGCGCCGCCACCGCUCCCGCUCCCCGCGACGCCGCCGCCGCUCGCGAUCGCCGCGCCGCCGUCGCGACAGGGAUAGAGACAAAGACAGAGAAAAGGAAAGAGAGAAGCAGAACAAAGAAAGAGAGGCAGAGAAAGAGAAACAAAGAGAAAGGGAAAAGAAAGGACUCCCACCAAUCAAAAAAGAACAUCUCAGUGGUAUGAGUUUCCUUAAUUUUUUAAACCUGCAAGAGGCGUGA